AACCGUAGGUUCGAGCAAACGUCGCCUUAGCAACAGUGAGGUUUUGUUUAGCAACAAGCAGGCUAAAUGUGUCUUCGUUAACUAUUGCCUUGUAGAAACAGAAUUACGUUUACUGAUUGGAGGCGGGAUGGCUGCAAGCAAUCCAUCUGUGUUUCUUCUCUCGGUGAACGGACAGAUUGAGGGAGCAAACUUUCCAAGUUAUGACAACUUGUACUGCAAAUACUGCUUUGUUUAUGGUCAAGAUUGGAUGCCCACCACUGGUUUGGAGGAAGGCAUCACCCAAAUAACAUGUAAAGGCAUUCAGUCGUCACAUAAAUUGAUAUGGAACUUCCCACUGGAUAUAACCUUUAAGAGCACAAACCCCUCAGGAUGGCCUCAACUUGUGCUGAGUGUGUAUGGACCAGACGUGUUUGGCAAUGAUGUUGUCAGAGGCUACGGAGCAACACACAUCCCAUUAACACCUGGAAAACAUACACGGAUCCUCCCCAUGUUUGUUCCUGAACCUACAUGGAGACUUCAAAAGUUCACUAGUUGGCUUUGGGGACGUCGACCAGAGUACACAGACCCUAAAGUGGUAGCUCAGGGUGAAGGGCGAGAAGUGACACGCGUUUGCUCCCAAGGAUUUGUUACAGUCUGCUUUAACAUCAUAAUGAAGGACAUGAAGAAACUGGGCUACGACUCUGGCCCAUCAAAUUCCUCAAGCACGCAGUCUUGCGCUACUGCAUCUGGAUGGGAGGAACCAACACAUUUUUGAUCACAUUGGGAAACGUGCCAAUUUCUAGUUUCCACCCUUGUGUUGUGUUGAUGUUCACAACCACAGAUGUCAAAAUUAUGCUGUUAUAGAACUGUAAAUUUUUGUAAAUGUUUUUUUGGCUUUUCCCUCUUUUAUAUUUUUCACAUUAUGUGUGGGUUGUUUAAAAUGUUAACACUAACCAUUGCAGAACAACAUACAUUUUGUAACCAAUCCAUGUCAAAUUCAUGCUGUAAAUGUUUUUGUAAUUCUUGCAGUCUCACAUCUUUUGUAUUUUUA